GGACCGAAGCAGAAUGACAACAGUCGUUGACGAAGACUCGGGUGUUGGAGAUGAAGGCAAAGGCGCUGAAGAGGUCAAAGUGCAGACGCUAAAAGGUGUGGCGUUUCUGACCACGGUGGCGUCCGCAGGAAUGAUCGCAGGGUUCGGCUCCACGCUGGCGCUGGCCAAGAAGAAGAGCCCGGAGUGGUUUGGUAAGGGCGUGGCGGCGACGGCGGCAGCCCCGGAGAGCGGGGCCUCUCUGGCCCUCAGGGCUCUGGGUUGGGGGUCCCUGUUCGCUUGGGGGGGAGUCGGCCUGCUCAGCGUCGCCGUGUGGAAAGCCCUCGGUGUUCACAGCUUGGUGGAGUUCAGGCUCAAGAUGCAGUCCCUCUUCCCAUCCAUCCCGAAGAACCCAGAGGCUGCAGCCGGGUCAGAACCGCUAGACUGGGACUCUCUGUUCAGGUCCAAGUGACUCUAAACCAACGUGAUCCGGACCACUGGACUGUGGGAUCAGUGACAGAACCGAUCCGUUUCCACGACUUCCUGUUCUGAGGUCCGACUGGAGAAAGACGAGACGGUUCUGCUUCUUGUUUUUGCCUCAGUUGGGUUCUGAUCCAGAGAUUCUUCAAACUGGACCCGAUUCUCAACAUUGUUUCAGCAACAAACAGCGUGAAAUGUCCCUCAGAGGCCACCGUACACACGAGCCCAGUUAGGUUCUAAAUGGAAGUUCUGAAGAGAUUGUUUUGUUUUUAUAAAUUCACUUCCUGAGUUUCCUCCAUAUUUUUCUCUGCCGGUAAAUUUAAAAAUAAAAU